AUGGGGUUACGGCAAUCCAAGGCGGAGCUGCUCUUCCAGCAGGUGAAUUACGGCAACGUCGAGGGGAUUCGAAACCUCCGGGCGCAGGGUGCAGGCGUCGAGUGGAUUAACAAGGAAGGAAAGACGCCCCUGAUGGUCGCCAGCAUGCGCCCUGAUCUGCUUAACGUGGCGAGGCUCCUAAUAACCUUAGGUGCCAAUUUGAACGCAUUCCGUCCAGGAUCACAUGCUGGGACCCCACUGCACCAUGCCGCGAAAAGAGGACUUGAUCUUACUGUUCAGUUACUUCUGUCACAUGGAGCUAACCCCUUUGUCAGAAAUGAUGACUGCAAUACCGCUUUAGAUGUGGCUAGAGGAAAGGGCCAUCUGAAUGUUGUAAGGGCCAUAGAGGGACAGAUUUCACUUUUUUCUGGAUGGAUGAGGGAGAAUUGUGGUCCUCCUCAGGUCAUGACUAGAAAGAUCUGGAUAGUUAUUUUACCCCGUGAGGCACAGAGUCCGACAAGACCUGUAAAGCUUGAAUUAUCUAUAUAUCCUGAAUCGCAGGCGGCUAAACCUUGUGUUGUUGCCAAACUUUGGAAAUGUCAACUUGAGGCACCAAAGUAUAACCUUGUUGAUCCUUCCAUGACAAUUUUUGACAAAGUUACAACAUCUCGAUAUGAGCUUUUACCGGCUUAUGAAGGUGACAAGCAGCAGCUUCGAUCCUUUUACAGUGCAUGUUGUAGCGUGGAACAGGUUGCCAGCAUGGUUCAUGUGCAAUCAGUGGAUGCUCCUACUCCAAAUUCAACGCCAAAUUCGUCUUCAGCACCUUCAGUGCCAUCGACUCCCAGUAACGAGGAUGUUGAAUUGCAGAUGGCUAUCAAUGCCUCGAUACAAUCAGCUAUAGCAGAGGGAGUGCCCGACGUGCAGCCAACGACAUCAAUUACGACCACCAGUGGCUGGGGAAACACUGUGAACAGCUCUCACAACGGAUGGGGUCCAUCAGAUUCUCCAUCCCCUUCAAGGAUGAGGGAAGUGACUGGAACAAGCUCGAGUCAAUCGAUUGUGAUUCCACAGGAGGCACCUCCGGCUAUUCCAAUACCAAUUGCACUUCCAUCUACUCAAACACCAACUGCACCACCACUUGCUGACGGUGACGGAACCUUUGUUACUUGUGUCAUUUGCUUGGAUGCUCCGGUGGAAGGAGCCUGCAUUCCAUGUGGUCACAUGGCUGGUUGCAUGUCCUGCUUAACAGAUAUUGAGUCCAAGAAGUGCGGGUGCCCCAUUUGUCGUGCCGAAAUUAAUCAGAUCAUCCGCCUUUAUGCAGUUUGA